CGUGGAUCAGUUUUGGUGCAUGGAAGCGUGCAGCGAUUGCCAUAUGGAGCACCGUCUAUAGCCGGGAAGGUGACGGCAUGUGAUGGUCUACGGUGCUACGUCGCUGCUCGAGCGCUCACAUGGCCGACGGCCACUGCGGGCGGCGGCGAGUGGGCGGCAGACGUGCCGAACAGCUCUCGAACGCAGUCUCGAGCUGCAGACGGAGACGGUUGCUCGGAGAGUCAGGCAGGGCGGAGACCCUAGGAUGUGCCCUGUCGCGGGCGGUUGUAAGUAUCCUGAUCCGUCCUGGAGGACUGCGAGCGGCAUCGUGGUGGUGCUUGGGAAGGGGCGCGGACGCCAAUGGGGCUGCGCGGGAGCGUGUGGGGGCGCAUUGGCACAUUAUCAUAUGAGAGCGAUAAGGAUGCGGUGCCCAGCAUUGCGGGUGCUGAUAAGCAGCAGCGGUGUGCAGGGUGCUUUUGCCAGCCCAUGAUGCCGUUUCAGCACGUGGAGCAGCAAGCUGGCGCUGGGGAACGGACGCGCCGAGCAUGCUCUCCUAUGACAGCGAAGAUGGUGUCGAGAGAAAGGCAGACGCGGCGGGGAAGCGCACCGAGUGGGGUCGCGCAGACGGAGCACCGUGGUGGCGGCGGAAGCGGUGGAGGCGUGUGGGAGGCGCACCCCCAGGCUUCAAGUCGUGUCAUCUCAUCUUGCGACAGCGACGGCGACAAUGUCGCCAGCCAGGUCGUCUUCCACGGUUGGGCGAGAGCAGCGUGCGGCUGCAGACUGCUGCACGCUCCUGGGGCCAGUUGCCGGGCGCGGCUUCCCUGCGCCGGCAGCACCGCGCUUGCCAAAUCAGCAGCGGCGCUUCCUCCCCACGCCCUUAUCGUCCUUGGCGGGUCGCGGGCGAUCCACGGCCCUGUCUGUUCAGCACAUCAAACCGCCAUCGUGCACGGCAGCAUGGCCUCGAGUCUCCCCGUUCCCACCCCAGCGCGGGCGCCGGGGGCUAGUCUGCACUAAAAAAGUACCCAUCGCAGGCCACCCGCCGCCGCUCCGCACCCCGUCUUGCCCAUUCCCUCCAUUAUCCAAGGUGCGCCCACGGUUGCACACAAAUCCACCCUCUCCUUUUGGCUGUGCGACGGCCGCGCUGCCCUACCGCCUUCGGAUGCUCCCGCGCGCACCGGCGCCGUGGUUGUGAAGCCCCGUCUUAUCUCGUACGCCAGCCUCAAG